ACCGAAAUAACCCUCUUCUCUUCUCUCGUCUUCGUCUUCUUCCUCUAGAACCCCCAAAGAUGGCGUAGCCAAGCCAAAAGAUCUCUCAAAUAUUAUUGAUAACGAUGGAUUCUUCUAGUAUCCUUGAUUCUCUCGGAGUUGAGAUUAUCGGCGUGAUGGCUCCGGUCUCAAUCUGCAUGUUCCUCGUCGUCCUUCUCACCUACUCUCUCUCCGUUACCUCCGACCCUCAGAUCCGUACCGCCGCCAAUCUCAUUUACAUCGAGAAUCCCUCCGACUCCGCUACCGUUAAGCUCGAAGGUAGUCUUCUCAACGCCAUAGUAUUCGUCGUCCUCGUUGCCGCCGUCACUUUCAUCCUUGUUCUCCUCUUCUACUACAACUUCACCAAUUUCCUCAAGCAUUACAUGCGCUUCUCCGCCUUCUUCGUCCUAGGUACGAUGGGAGGUGCGAUAUUCCUAUCGAUAAUACAGCAUUUCUCAAUUCCUGUUGAUUCAGUCACCUGCUUCAUAUUGCUUUUCAAUUUCACCAUCCUGGGGACUUUGUCAGUGUUUGCUGGUGGUAUACCAAUUGUGGUGAGACAGUGUUAUAUGGUUGUUAUGGGGAUUGUUGUUGCAGCUUGGUUUACUAAAUUACCUGAAUGGACUACAUGGUUUAUCUUGGUGGCUUUAGCUUUGUAUGAUUUGGUUGCUGUUUUGGCACCUGGUGGUCCACUUAAGCUCUUGGUGGAGCUGGCUUCAAGCCGAGAUGAGGAGCUUCCUGCUAUGGUUUAUGAAGCUAGGCCCACUGUCUCCUCGGGCAACCAAGGGAGAAACCGUGGCUCGAGUCUAAGGGCUUUGGUUGGUGGUGCUGCUGGUGGGGUUUCAGAUUCUGGAUCAGUUGAGCUGCAAGCAGUACGGAACCAUGAUGCAAACCAACUUGGAAGAGGAAAUUCUCAUAAUCUGGAUUAUAAUGCUGUUGAAGUGAGGGAUAUAGACAAUGUGGAUGGUCAUGGUAACGAAGACAGAGACGUUGUUGAGAGGUCACCUGUGGUUGCCAUAUCCUCAGAGCACUCAACCGCAGUUGGAACCAGAGGAAAUAUCGAAGACAGAGAUACUGUUAUGGAUGAGGAAAUGUCUCCUCUUGUUGAGUUGAUGGGCUGGGGAGAUAAUAGGGAAGAACCAAGAGGUUUGGAGGAGUCGGAUAACGUUGUCGACAUUUCAAAUAGAGGCAUCAAACUUGGUCUUGGAGACUUUAUUUUCUACAGUGUUCUUGUUGGUAGGGCAGCAAUGUAUGAUCUGAUGACGGUAUACGCCUGUUACCUUGCGAUCAUCUCGGGACUAGGGUGCACUCUUAUUUUGUUGGCUGUGUACAACCGAGCUCUGCCUGCUCUUCCCAUAUCCAUCAUGUUGGGUGUUGUUUUCUACUUCUUGACGCGGUUAUUGAUGGAGCCGUUUGUUGUUGGGAUGACAACUAAUUUGAUGAUGUUCUGAUUAACCAGAAAAAAUCUAGGGGAACAAGUUAGAUGAUGAUAUCCUGAUUGCUGUUUUUAUCCAUGUAUUGCACCUUGUGCUGUUUCAAAUGAAGCAAAUAUGUUUUAAGGGUUUUGAGCAAUAUUCUAUUGGAAAAACCGCUAAUGUAAAAUGGAUUGAUAGUCUCUGAAGCCGAUCAUUUUAGUAUAUGUGUUUGUAGACA